AACUCUGCGCGUCGUUACUCACGUUUUGUAUUGUUCUUUAAACCCAUCUUUGGCGAUGCUUUGGUCGUCAAAGGCUGGGAAGAUCCAACGACGACAACAACUACACCGAAAUCAACAACAACAACAACUGCAACUUCAUCUAAUUCGUUUGAUAAGCAAAAUGAAGUAUAAUUUUUAAUUUGAUUUCAAGUAUUUAUAUUAAGUAAUCAUUUAUUUUAAAUGAAAUUUAGCAGCAAGAAUUUAGCUUUAUUUCAUACACAACAAAUUUGAAUUGAAUUCUGUUGCACAUUUUAAGCAUGCUAAGUAAAUAAAAUUGAAAUAUGGCGAUUUGGGUUUUGGA